AUGACCACUCACAAGGCUCAAGGUCAAACUAUGCAGCGCGCAAUUAUAGAUUUUGAGGGUUGCAGUGGAACGGAGGCUCCCUAUGUUAUGCUGUUGCGUGUGACCUCGCUGGAUGGAUUGCUUAUUUUACGUCCCUUUUUGAGGAAAAAAUUUCUUGUUGUCAGAGUGAGGACAUCCACGUGGAAGAAAAAAGACAAACUGUGCUGGCACACCAAACACUCCUUGACCUCACUAUGGAUAAUGAGCAAUGUUUGA